CCAAAGAAAACCAAAACGAAAGAGAACAAUGCGGAGGUUCUCUAAUUGUAGGAAGUUGUGCGAAAUUGCGGAUCUCUUACUUGUUUCUUAGAUAAUUGAUUUUUACCUCGAAAUUUACUUAUCUUAGUUCUUUUUCUGUUUCAGGUGUUCUUCGAUUUUGAGGGAGAUUUUUAAUAAAAUGAGGUAUUCCAUUUAUAGAUUUGGUUUUGCGACACUCUUCUAUGCUGUAUUGUUUUUAACUACACCAGAAGAAGUUUCGUCGAAUCAAAAAUCGAACGAAUUCGACGAAUUUGUUUAUUAUCAAGGGGUCCAAGGAAGACCAGGAAUUGAUUUUCCAGUAUUUGCUCGAAUUCCCAGAACAGGAUUUAGUUGUAAACAAGUUCCUUCAGGUUAUUACGCCGAUUUAGAAACAGAUUGUCAAGUGUUCCACAUUUGUAACGAAGGAAGCAAGAUUUCGUUUUUGUGCCCAAACGGCACGAUUUUCCAACAGUCCGAUUUAAUUUGCGAAUGGUGGUUUAAAGUAAAUUGCACGAAUUCGCCCAAUUUGUACGAGGAAAGCGCCGAACAAUUACUGGAGGAAUCGUGGAGGAGGAAAGAAAAUCGAAGACCCGGUUACCAAAAUCGUUUAGCUAACGAAGAAAAGGAAAAAAAGAAAAAUUUCGUUGCUACUAAUCAAAGCAAAAGGAAAAAUUUAGGGAAUUCUUUGAAUAAACAAGUCAAUUUAAACCCUUUUUCGGUUAAUAAUCAAAAUCGCGAAGCUAAAAUUGCAAGAAAAGAACAACAAAAUCAAAGUCAAAGUCGGGGGAAUCAAAAAUACAAGAGACCGAUCAAUUUGAAGGGGAAAAAUGAUUUGAAUUUGGAAGAUUCGAGCGAGGAGAGCCAGGUUUUGGCGGAAACCGCUUCUUUUUAUGAUAAUAAUAAUCAAAACGUUAUUCAUAGCACUGAUAAGAUUGCGUUGGGAAGGAAAGGUUUGAAUCAAAAUCAAAAUAAUCAAGCGAAUCAAGGCAAUGUUGGUCGUAAAAUAAAAAUUAAUAGGAAUCGUAAUCAAAAAUUGAAUGAAAAUAAUCAAAAUCAAAAUUUGAAUCAACAUUCGAGGUCGAAAUCGAGUCAAAAUUUGAAUCAAAAUCAAAAUUUGAAUAAGAAUUCUGAUCAAAAUCAAUUUUCUAGUUCUAAAUUCGAUCAAAAAUUGUUUUCGAAUCCUCUAAAUAACCGAAAUUUGUAUCAAAAUAACCAAGAUUUGGAUCAAAAUAAUCAAAAUGAACGAAACUUAAAUGAAAAUGGUCGAAAUUUGAACCAAAAUGAUCAAAGUGGUCGAAAUUUGAAUCAAAAUAAUCAAAAUGGCCGAAAUUUGUAUCAAAAUGGCCAAAAUUUUAACGAUAAUGAUCAAAAUGGACGAAAUUUGAAUGAAAAUGAUCAAAAAUUGAACCAAAAUGAUCAAAGUGGUCGAAAUUUGAAUCAAAAUAAUCAAAAUGGCCGAAAUUUGUAUAAAAAUGGCCAAAAUUUGAACCAUAAUGAUCAAAAUGGACGAAAUUUGAAUGAAAAUGAUCAAAAAUUAAACCAAAAUGAUCAAAGUGGUCGAAAUUUGAAUAAAAAUAAUCAAAAUGGCCGAAAUUUGUAUAAAAAUGGCCAUAAUUUGAACCAUAAUGAUCAAAAUGGACGAAAUUUGAAUGAAAAUGGUGGAAAUUUGAACCAAAAUGUUCAAAAUGGCAAAAAUUUGAACCAUAAUGAUAAAAAUGGACGAAAUUUGAAUGAAAAUGGUCGAAAUUUGAACCAAAAUGAUCAAAAUGGCCGAAGUUUGUAUCAAAAUGGCAAAAAUUUGAAUGAAAAUGGGCGAAAUUUGAACCAAAAUGAUCAAAUUGGUCAAAAUUUCAAUCAAAAUAAUCAAAAUGGCCAGAAUUUGAACAAAAAUGAUCAAAGCGGUCGAAAUUUGAACCAAAAUAAUCAAAAUGGCCGAAAUUUGAACGAAAAUGAUAAAAAUUUGAAUCAAAAUGAUCACAAUUUGAAAUCAAAUUUGAAUAAUCAAAACUUGAAUCAUAAUUUAAAUAAAGAUUUGCAUUUUAAUUCAGAAAUAGGUGAUGAUUUAAGUCAAAAUAACGAAAAAUCAAAAAUAAAUACUCAAAAUGAUCAUUUUAUUAAUCAAGAAAAUGAUCAAAAUCACCCACACUAUCCAAAUCAUAAAACAAGUCAAGAAUUAAAUGAUAAUCCAACUGUUACAUUUACAAGAAGUGAAACACAACAAUAUUCUGAUGAAUUUACAACCGAAUCAAAUCAAAAAUUAACUGGUUAUAAUCAAAAUAAUUUGAAUAAUGAGUUUAUAACAACAGAAUUUAAUCAAAAUAACCAAGAUGUCUCAACGAAUCAAAAUGAAAAUGGGUUUACAACAAAUAAACCUUUUGAAACGACGAUUAAUACUCAAACGGAUCAAAAUCAGAAUCAGUAUGAAGAUCAACGUAACGAAGAAAGUUUGACAACGAAGGAAUUUUAUCCGAAUCAUAAAGAAAUUUAUACUGAAGUUCGCGAACCUAAGUUUUUAUCAACGAAAGCUUACACAACCGGGCCUCAAACGAUUCCUCCUCAAACAGUUUCCACGAAUCGUAUUCCAUUGAACGAUGGAAAACCUUUCGUAGUGAGCACUCCAAAAUCAUCUUAUAACAUCAAAGAAUUCACAACGGAGAAUUUCUUUUAUUCGCCGACGAUUCCACCCUUUACAACGACGACGAAAAAUUUAAUUUUUAAUAAUCAAGAUGAAUCGAAUAAAGAAGAAAUAACCGUUUCAGAACCUUACAGUAACGUUGUAACAGAAAAUGUUAAUCAAAAUAAAAACAAUUUGAAGUUAGAAAAUAAAUUUGAUAACAAUGAAAAGAUUCACGUGGUGAAUUCGAUUCCUGUUAUAACCGAAAACGCAAAUAAAACCGAAUUCGUAAGAAUUUCAUCGUCACUCCCACAAAAAGAAAAACCCGAACGGAUCAAAAUUAACGUUUCAACGAAUUUACAAAAACCUGAAAAUCAAAAUCCUUCUUCGGAAUCUUCCCCCAUUAUUUACAGGCGAUAUUCAGCGGCGAUUUCGCAAGCUGAAAAUCCAAAUAACGCGUGUAUCGAUGAAAUCGUUAACAGGAAAGGGACAACGCGAGCUCCAAAAACGACGAAAUUAAUUAAUUUGGAAGAAAUAACGACAAAAACGUAUUCGGGGACGAAAAAACCCGACUUUGAAAUAGUCGUUGGAAGAAAACGAACGGAGCAAGACUCGAAGGUUUUUAAAAUUUCCAAAUAUCCCGAUAUCCAAAAGCCGAGGUCGUUUGAAAAAGCCACCGAAUCAUCGAUUUAUCGGGUUAAUGUUAAAAAUCAAGAAAUUGAGAGAGUCACGGAAAAUAAUUUUUCGCUAAAACCAACUGGGUUUUAUGUGACUAAAUCUUAUGAUGGUGAAGUAAUAACGCGAUUUGGAGCUGGGAAUACUUAUUUGCCUAAAUCAACCACUCCAAACUCUUCAAUUAAUUCGAAAAAAUCGAAAUCUUUAUUAAUAAAAUCAAAUGAUGAAGAAUUUGAUGCUUUAAAUGAUGAUUUUGAUAUCAUUCAAAAACCGAAACCGUUUGAGUUACCUCCUAAAUUAACUUCGAAUGUUUCAACGAAACCUAAUUUAAAUACAAUUGAUUCAUCUCCUAAUUAUGAAAUAUCAUCAGCCAGACCGUUUGAAACGACAAUAACCCCAACUCAACCCACAAUUUUCCCCUCAAGAACCCCAAAAGUUUACGAACACGUCACAAAUAUGUUAACGAGCAUCAAAGAUUUGAUUAAAACGGUGAAUAAAAAUGAAAGUGAUGAAUCCCGCGAAGGAUUAAUAGUCCCCCCUUCCGCUGGCCCACAAACUUUACAUUCAUUAGCCGUUUAUUUUGCAAACGCCCUCGAAGGUGUUGGUGAUCACGAAAAUUUUAGCCAAAACGAUGAUGAGAUUACAACAGAAAAUGAUGAAAAUAACAAAAAAGAUAUUGAGUUAUUAUCGAUUCCUACAUUGAAUAGGUACAAAGAUUUAUUUAAAGAGGAUGAAGAGACAACUCAAAGCGUAACUGAAGAUAACGAUCUCGAGGGGCAACACACAAAGAAUGGGGUUGUUACGCCGAGGGUGAGGCAGUUAGCUCAAGUUUUUACGAAAGCUUUAAGUUCUUAUUUAGACGAUCCAGAAAUGUUUAGGAAAUAUUUGCAAGACGUUCGCCCAACGGAACCAAUAAUCAAAGAAAAUUUAAGUCGUACAACUCAAAGAAGUAUCGAUAACACCGAAGAAGACGAAUUAUUAAAUUAUUCCGACGCCGAUAUAAAACCAGAACUCCCCAAAUUAUCAACAACAACCCCAUCGAUUAGCCCAACUUGGGGUUAUCUUUUAGCAAAGAAUAACACAAAUAAUUUCGAAUACAACUCAUUAAGCACUGAUGGCGAGAACUUACAAAGCGCGGAUAGCCAAAGUUUCGUAUCACAAUUUAAUAAUUAUAUUAAAGAAAAACAUUUUGCAACAACCCCUUUAAACAAAAAAGAAAAUUUAUUUAAAGAUAAAUUAUAUUCGAACCCCCUAGCCAUAAACGACGAUUUAGACGGUACAAAACCAACUUUAGAAUCAACCGAAAUUAAUUACGAAUUAAGAACGUUACCGAAAAUCGAAUUAAACUCGACUCAAGUUCACGGGAUUUUAAUUGAUUUUAUGAAUACAACCACAAAGAAUGAAAAUUCGCGUUUAAUUCGGAUUUUAUCGAAAUUAAAUACGACCCAAGAUGAGUUUUUGAAUAAAAUGCGCGAAAUCGAACAAAAUCCGCUCACGAGGAGAUUAAUUUUAUUGUUAAUUAGUGAAUGUGCUGGAAAUGUUACUGAUAAUCAUAAUGAUAAUUUGGAAAAUGAUGGUUACGUUUCUUCUAGUGAAAAUAAAUCAAAAAUUGAUUAUUCAUCGAAAUUGGAUUUGUUUGAUUCUUCUCGCGUGGCGGAAAAUGAUAAGCAUGUUAGCAAAAAUUCGGCGAUACCGAAAUUUGUUGAUCAAACUUUGAAAGAUGAAGAUGAAGAUACUCGAGCUUUGGAGUUGUUGAAUUCUUUGUAUACUAUUGCUUCAAGAUAUGGAAAAUGAUUUAUUGGAAUUAAAAUUUGAUUAUGUGUAGGAAAAAUAAUAUUUAUAUUUAAAAAAAAACUUGUUUUUCUAAUUUUAUUUGUUAAUUAAUUAAUGUAUCUUCUUCAAUUAAUUUUUAAUCUAACAAUUUUGGUGAUAUUAGAGCAUCUUUACGUUUUUUGGCAUUUCUUAUCGUUAGUUCUUGUUUUAAUACUUGGAUAUUUUCCAUUCAAUUCCUAUGCAAUCGUUCGAUGUAUUUAGUUUUUAUAAAAUGAAUAAGGUGUGUGUGUGAAUGAUAUUAAUCGUUUUUUUUUUUAAAUUUUGAGUGAAUAAUUUAUAUUUUGAAUUAAAAUAUUAAAUUAAUAAU